AUGGAACAGAGUAAUUGGGUCCACUUCGCCUGCCACGCAUCGGAGCAUGGAUUUCACCUCUAUGAUGGACGCCUCCAGCCCCAGACUAUUAUGAGGAAAUCGUACACGAAUGCUCGACUUGCUUAUCUGUCUGCAUGUGGAACGGCUGAGAGUCGCAGGAUGUUCUCAAGAAGUCACGCUGAAGUGAUGUCUAUGGCAGGAUUCCGCACUGUCAUCGCGGCGAUGUCCCCGAUUGCCGAUCCCGAUGCGCGUAUCGUCGCAGCCAAGUUCUACGAGUACCUGUUCUCUGGUUCGGGCCCGGAAGGAAAGAGCGCAGCGGUCGCGCUUCAUUUGGCUGUAGCCCAUCUUCGAGAAUGUAUCGGAGAGAAUGAUCCUGACAACGUGGGACGCUGGGCUCCAUUUAUACACAUAGGUCUUUAG